GAUAACACGCGUUGCAGCAGGUGGCAAAGUGUCGAGCUUCACUUUACUUCACUUUAAUAUUAGUUAAAGUUACAGGCAGUCCCUGAAGACAUGGAGCCGAUGGAUUCAGAAAAACAGCAUCUAAUUGAGGCACAUUUGGAGCCUCUAAGAUGGAUGAAUUCUCCAGAGGACAAAUAUUCGGACAUAUCAGACUCCAGUGAAGAAACCUCCAGUGUGGACGGCCUGUGGACGCCCGAGCGACUCUGCCAGAGGACAAUCUCGAUGACGGCAGCUGAAAGAGACACGAGACGUUUGGCCAGGAGGAAGCUCUUCAUAGCCUGUGCGGUCAGCCUCGUCUUCAUGACCGGAGAGGUGAUUGGUGGAUACGCGGCUCACAGUCUGGCCAUCAUGACAGACGCAGCUCAUCUUCUCACGGACUUCGGCAGCAUCGUGAUCAGCAUCUUCUCUCUGUGGAUCUCAGCCCGGCCUCAAACACACACCAUGACCUUUGGGUGGCAUCGAGCAGAGAUUUUGGGGAUGCUGCUGUCCGUUGUGUCCGUCUGGGCCGUGACCGUGGUGCUCGUCAUAUCAGCCGUUCAGAGGAUCACUGAUGGAGACUACGACAUCGACAGUCAGAUCAUGCUCAUAACCUCCGGUUGUGCUGUGGGGGUCAACGUCCUGAUGGUCGUGAUCCUGCAUCAGUCAGGAGCCUCUCACGGUCACAGUCACACAUUUCCCACCGGCCGGCUGCAGACGGACAAACAGCGUCAGGGAAACGGCCACCAUCACGGCCACGGCAACGCCAGCGUGAAGGCGGCUUUCGUCCACGUGGUGGGAGAUCUGGUGCAAAGUGUCGGAGUCCUGCUGGCUGCAACCAUCAUCCACUUCCGGCCUGAAUACAAAGCAGCGGAUCCGAUCUGCACGUUCCUGUUCUCCAUUCUUGUUGUUGCAACGACUCUUCCAGUCACAAAGGAUGUUUUCAGGAUCCUGAUGGAGGGGACACCGCAGGACGUGAACUCUGGCGCUGUGAGAGAGCUGCUGCUGUCAGUGAGAGGAGUCGUGUCCGUCCACAGUCUGCACAUGUGGAGCCUCAACAUGACUCACAGUUUACUCUCCGUCCACGUGGUCGCGGGAGAAGAUGCUGACGCACAGAUCGUCCUCACGAAGGCGACGAAGCUCCUGCGCUCUGAGUUUGGUUUCUCCAGCGUCACAAUCCAAGUGGAGCGUUAAAGGGACGACCUCUGACAUCAGCGGGAACAUGAAGGACGCCUCAAACACUGGUUGGCUCCAUAUGAUUUUUUCUUCUUUAAUGACUUACCAUAGUGUGAUUUUCGGGUUUUUGAUGACAUUUUUUGCGUCAUAUUAUACUGUGAUUUUUCUUCUCCAUGAUUUUUGAGUUAGUUGCGUCCCUCUCCCUCUCACACGUACACUUUGCCCUAUCAAAUAAAGGCGAAAAAUGCCCUAAAAAUAUAUUUAAUAAAAACUAUUACAUACUUUACAAUGAUGUUUUCAUGACUUUUUUGAUGACCUGCUUUACUAUCACGUUUUAAUUAAUAUUUUUUUGACAGCAUACCGCACUGUAACGUUUUUAUGAUUCUCAUGACCAAAUACUAUUCACAUCUUUGAUUUUAACUUUUUUUUUUUUUUUUUUUGAUUGAAUGGGUGAAAUCAAAGCAAGGC